UCCUCCCUCACGCAAGAAUAGCUCACUUUGUGUCUGCUUUGGUUUUCCCUCCUCGGUGCCUUUCGCUCAGAGUUGAGCGGCUGACAUAUCAACAGAGAGCUCCGUCUUUGCCGCGACGCCACGGAGCGGAGGAGAAGCGGGAAUCCGCGCCGGAGCGCAGCGCAGCGCCAGGUGAACGGAGCGGGCGCCGUUUACGCGCAGACUUUUAGCGGAUUGUAACGAAACAGGUGCGUGGAAGGAUUUUUGAGGACAGCAGUUGGCGGAUGGUUGCUGGUGUCGUGGAGAGGAGUCUCUGCCUCUUCGAAAGUCUCAGAUGAAGAUGAAGUCUGCAGGCGUCGUGGAUGGAGGCUUGUUCACAGAAAGCUAUUGUAACAUCUGCAAUGCCCAGCUCAUCUCUGAGUCCCAGCGUACUGCUCACUAUGAGAGUAAAAAACAUGCCAACAAGGUACGUCUGUUCUACAUGCUGCAUCCUGAAGAUGGAGGACCGCCUUCGAAGAGACUGAGACCAGAUAACCCAGACUGUGCUGAAACAGAGGUAGACAGAAACAAGUGCUGUACGUUGUGUAACAUGUUCUUUACCUCUGCGAUUGUGGCGCAGUCACACUACCAGGGCAAAACCCAUGCCAAAAGAGUCCGUCUGGUGCUGGGAGAGCCGCCUAAUCUAACCACAGCCACAGCCAACCCUACAAACACAGAUUCUUCUCCGACUACCCCAUUGCCCACAGAUCCUGCUGCAUGCCCCCCUGCGCCCCCUGCUCUCCCCUGGCCCACAGCAGUAGGCAGUGGAAACGGUGGUAGAGAAGCUGGGAAGUAUUGCUGCCUUUGUGGAGCCUGGUUCAACAACCCUUUGAUGGCCCAGCAGCACUACGAGGGCAAAAAACAUCGCAGGAACGCAGCCAGAGCACGCCUCCUGGAGCAGCUAGCAGGCAGUCUGGAUGCCACAGAGAGCACAGGCCUGCGCAGUAGUUACUCAUGCAGCAUCUGCAGCGUAGUUCUCAACUCGAUCGAGCAGUACCAUGCACACCUCCAGGGCUCCAAGCACCAGAACAAGUAAGUACCUUGAAGCUUAAAGCAGCACCAGCAGUAAGAACAGACAUCCAUGGAAAAAGGAGAAGAAGAGUUUUUGGAUUGACAGAAAGCUGGACUUGUUAAAAAGUGAUGCACAAAAACUUGAAUGCGUGUGAGUGUGGGGUGCCUUUUGAUGGUAUCUGCUUGCAUCAAAAGUAUGCACACGAGUAAUUUGAGUAGUGUUUGUGAUUAGUUCGACACUCAACUGUCUAAGGACCUUUGGCGUGUGUUGACAUGCGUCUCCUUUGUGAACAACAAUCCUAACAUUAAUCUGAUGUCAGUGAGUUGCCCACAGUGGUAAUGAGCUUUCCAAUGAUAGUCAUAGAGCAGAAGUCAUACAAAAAGCUCUGCAACUAGCAGCCCUCCAAGUUCUCUGGCGGUGAUCCAAGUCUGGACUGCAGUUUCUGACAGUAGCACAGCUCACUUUCAGACCACUUGGGAUCUUCUCAGGCCAAGGGUUUAAAAUCCACGGACAAGAAAACCCCGAUGACCUCAACCACCACUGACUGUGUGUUUGCUUGACUUCAGACAUGAUUCUUUGCUUUGAGUCUGAGUACUGAUUGACGGACUCUUUCACAAAUUCCACACAUUUAAAACCUAGAGUUUAAAGUUAAAAGCACUACAGACUUCUGCUCAAGAGGAUCCGAGUAUUUCUGUAAAUCCUCCUCUAUGAAAAACUUUCCCACAGCUCCAAAUACCGAUGUCAGUUGCGAUGGAGGAGGCACAAAACUCUGCAAGAAGGACGACAUGUAGAUAACAAUUCAUUAUUUCUAAGGACAGAGAAGAACACCGUACUUCCCUUUUGAUUCAUGUAGCAGCCAAUGUACCAUACAACUGCUAUGUAACUCAGUGCAUGUAAACGUUGCAUUCACUUGCCUUUUUGAAGCCUGUUUAUUGUGCGUUUUGGCCGUUGCGCUGCUUUUCAGUGACAGCUUCAUCAUGGAUUACAGCACAAGCUUGUAACUGAGUGAGCCUCUGCACCUCUUGAGCUUGGUUUAUACAUGAUUUAAAAAAAGGGAAAACAUUUUGAUACUUUGAUAUGAGGCUUGUUACUUUAGUAUGACAGCUUUAUUGUUACUGUCUUCAAAGUAUCUGUAAAGUCACUUUUCAAAGCUUUUUUUGGAGUGAAAGUUACAACUCAGUCAACUCCUCCGAUGUUGAUUCUUACUCAGCAGGCGGUUCGAUCAGCUUUCAGAGCAAGGAAAGCCUCUGAGGGCGCUUCCACACAAGAUCUUCUUGUGAUUUGAGCUUCAGAAGAAUUACACUACAACCCCUUAAUAGUUGAUGAAGUUCUACUGGGUACUACAAAAGCAUCAUAACAGGGUUUACUUGCAAACAAACCGAGAGUUGUUUUUAGCAGAACAGAGUUCAACUGCGCUUUCACACAUUCUGACAAAACACUAUCCAAAGGAAACAAACAUAGGUGUGUACCGAACAUCCCAGUGUGAAAGCACCCUGAAAGCAUUGUUUAGCUGAUGGACACUGCUCCAUUGCUCCUCCCAUCCAAUUCUCCCACAUUGCAGAAACCUUUUUGAUGCAGCCGUUUCUUGUUGGUGCAGCUGUUGCAAAUUGUUUACAACUACACAAAGAUGGUUGAGACCAUUGAAUGUACAGGAAAACUGGACAAUCAAGCGUGACCUCACCCAUAGAAAAUGGCUUACUUCCAGCUUCAACGAAAUGAAGUCAAUUCAAACGCCAUUUUUUCCGACAUGUUGGAGCCAGCAGGUACUUCCUGUUUGGAACGUGAGAGGGGACAGGUCACUCAGUCCAGUCCAAUUCUCAUAUACACUCAAUGGUUGAGACUGAAGAUUACAGGGUACGUCUGCACUGAAAACUGAAAGGACGGCUCAGGACCAGCCAUCAGCAACAGAGUGAAAAAUGAGUGUUUUAAAAUGAGCAAAGCAAACAUUGUCUAAUGUGUCUUAUUGCUUUGACUCUUUAGUUUUAAACUCUUUUUUUGUCACAAAGCAUAUAUGUAUGAGCAAUGUUUUUUAUGCAAUCAUGCUGUAAUAUUACCAACCAUUUAAUGUGGACUUUAAAUAGUUCAACGAAAAGUGCUAUGAUGUGUUCUGUGUAAAUUUGUAGCUGCAGGUAAACUUUAAAUAAAAACCUCUUUAAACUCAAGAUGUCGAGCUGCACUGAACCACAGGUGAUCAUUUUCUUUCAGAAAAGUAUAGUUUUUCUGGCACUAAGAUGAUAAAAUCAUCUUAAAAUCGUGUGUGAUGGUUAUAAUUUGAAUGUAUAUAAUUUGUUAAAAUGGAUAAUAAGAAAAAUGGACCAAAAUCUAGCAAAUAGAAGUUGUCACAUUUGCAGAGAAAAUAUUUUGGGGAAAAAAAUGCAUGUUUAGGAUAGGCUUUCAUUGAAAUACAACAAAUUGCUGAAUUCUAUUAUCUUUUUGAAAUGCUGUCACAAAAUUUCAACAACAAAAAGUCGUUUGAUGCUUUUGAUUCAAAUUACAUCUGGAUGAGCAGUGACUGACUUAUCUCUGCACUGGGAUUUUCAAAAUAAAACUGUCUGCGUGUGUCCACGUUGGAGCCUGUGCAAAGAGUGACUGCGCCUUGAGUCUCGUAUUUGAACUGAUGUUACGCAAUAUAUGAGAGAGAUUUAUCUAUGAUAGUAACUGUGUGAUACGAUGCUUGCUGUGGGUGUCUGUAUGUGAAGCUGUCACCUUGUCAGCUGUGAGCACAUUUGUAAACACACUUGAUGAUGAAUACAAUGAAAAUGAAAAUGACAUUUUAUUUUCUCUCUUAAA